GGCCGGGGCGGGGAAGGAAGGUGGCGGCGGCCCGUCGCGGGAGGAGGGAGGUGCUGACCCGGAUGUUCACUCCUGGGCACCCGGGGAAGUGGAAGCGCCGGGCCCUGCUGCGGGGGGGAGAGCCACAGACGCCGGGACCGGGACCGCCGCCGCCGCCGCCACAAUGAGUGAUCAGCAGCUGGACUGUGCCUUGGACCUGAUGAGGCGCCUGCCUCCACAGCAAAUCGAGAAAAACCUCAGCGACCUGAUAGACCUGGUCCCCAGUCUAUGUGAAGAUCUCCUGUCUUCUGUUGACCAGCCACUGAAAAUCGCCAGAGACAAGGUGGUGGGAAAGGAUUACCUUUUGUGUGACUACAACAGAGAUGGGGACUCCUAUAGGUCACCGUGGAGUAACAAGUAUGACCCUCCUUUGGAAGAUGGGGCCAUGCCUUCUGCUCGGCUGAGGAAGCUGGAGGUGGAAGCCAACAAUGCCUUUGACCAGUACCGAGACCUGUAUUUUGAAGGCGGCGUCUCAUCUGUCUACCUCUGGGAUCUGGAUCAUGGUUUUGCUGGAGUGAUCCUCAUAAAGAAGGCUGGAGAUGGAUCAAAGAAGAUCAAAGGCUGCUGGGACUCCAUCCACGUGGUGGAAGUGCAGGAGAAGUCCAGCGGUCGCACCGCCCAUUACAAGCUGACCUCCACGGUGAUGCUGUGGCUGCAGACCAACAAAUCCGGCUCUGGCACCAUGAACCUCGGCGGCAGCCUUACUAGACAGAUGGAGAAGGAUGAAACCGUGAGCGACUGCUCCCCGCACAUAGCCAACAUCGGGCGCCUGGUCGAGGACAUGGAAAAUAAAAUCAGAAGUACGCUGAAUGAGAUCUACUUUGGAAAAACAAAGGACAUCGUUAAUGGGCUAAGGUCUGUGCAGACUUUUGCAGACAAAUCAAAACAAGAAGCUCUUAAGAACGACCUGGUGGAGGCUUUGAAGAGAAAGCAGCAGUGUUAAGCCUCUUCUUCCCAACUAACCGGACACGCCGCAGUGCGCUGAUUAGAUUCCUUUCUUAGAAACUUGUUUUCUGCUCCCUCCCUCGUCCCUUCCCUCCCCCCCAGGUCACACAACAACUUGCAUCACCACUGCACAGCACCAUCUCUCCCUGAGAAUAAACCCUAUAAACACCCUUCUUGUCUCUGAGGCCUACUUCCCACCACAUUUUGCUAUCAAAACUCGGUAUUUCCAUAGAAACCAUGUUUUCUGUUUGCCCCGGCCCCCCCGUCUCUCCACCACCACCCAUUUAUAGGCAUAAAAUACACUGUCUGUCUGCCUCCCUUCCCUCUCACCCUUUUGUUACAUUGGUGUAAAAAAUGUAAAACAAAAAAAUUUUAUGAAAUAACUGUGGUGUGUGAAAGAUAGAAGAAAAACUGGAAAUCUGAUUCCACGUGUGUUUGGGAGUUGCUUGGGGUUGGGGGUUGGCGGGGACAGGGGACAGCUCUGGGAGAAAGGAGAGGUGGCCCUCAGCGUCGUCCCACACGCCUGGCCCCUGUCCCGCGGAGACCACACGGUGGGGGGCGGGGACCUGCGGACCGUCCUGCUCUUCUGGCCAGGUGCUUUUCUGUCAAUUUUUAUGGAAUGCAAAAGGAGUUUUUGUUUUAUUUUGUUUUUUUGUAAAGCUUAAAAAAAAAUCUACAUCUUAUACUUGAGCUUCCAUACUUAAAAAAAAAAAAAAAAGGAAAAAAAGAACAAAAAAAAUAAAUAAAAAGAAACUGGGAUGCAGUUA